AUGGCAUCCACAGCCAGUAAUACCAGCAAGCUUGAGAAGCCAGUGUCUCUAAUCUGGGGGUGUGAGCUGAGUGAACAAAAUAAAACUGCUGAGUUUAAGGUAACUGACGAAGAAGAUGAGAAAUGUGAACAUCAACUUGCACUUAGAACGGUGUGCCUGGGAGACAAGGCAAAAGAUGAGUUUCAUGUUAUUGAAAUACUUCCUCCUGAGCAAGAAGGAAAAGAGUCCAAACCUGUCCCUAUUGCUACCUUAAAACCAUCAAUUCUACCCAUGACUACUAUGGUUGGAAUUGAGCUCAGCCCCCCAGUCACUUUCCGGUUAAAGGCUGGUUCUGGUCCAGUAUAUAUAAGUGGUCAGCACAUCGCUGUUGUGGAGGAAGAUUACUCAUGGGCAGGGGAUGGGGAUGAGGAGGAAGGAGAAGAGGAAGUUGAAGAGGAAGAAGACCCUGAAUCCCCCCCUAAGGCAGUAAAGAGACCAGCAGCUACCAAAAAAGCAGGCCAGGCAAAGAAGAAGAAACUGGAUAAAGAGGAGGAGGAAGAGAGCUCUGAAGAGGACAGCCCAGAGAAAAAGGGCAAAGGAGCAGGAAGAGGGAGGAAACCAGCUGCCAAAAAAUGA